AGACUUACAGAAGCUGCUGAGCAUUUCUGUUCCUGGUCCAAAAAGCAAGCGUGUCACCCGAGAUAAGCCUUCUGUUCAUGUAUGGGUCACAUCCCCGGCCCCAGUAAAAGCACCUUAGCCAUUGCUCAAGAGGAAUAGCAAGACUUGAAAUACUUCAAGCUGUUCUAGACUUGAAGGUUUGUGUUGCGAAGUCUGCUGUGAUUCUGAUGGGCUUUCUUUACAGGUGAUCUGCUUCUUUUCUCUAACAGCUUUUAAUAUUCUGUUCUUCUGCUGAAUUUCUAGGGUCUUGAUUAUUAUGUGCUUGGUGUAGAUUUAUUUUGGUCCUGGCUAAUGGAGUUUUGUAUGCCUUAUUUAUCUAUAUGUCAGGUUCUUUUUCCAUGCUUGGGAAGUUUUCUGUCAUUACAUGUGUAAACAGUCUCUUAUUCAUUUAUGCUGAUUUCUGCUUUUUUUCAUUGACUUCGAUUAAUCUUAAGUUGUUCUUUGCAUCAUCUUGCAACUGUUGAAUUGUUUUUUCUAGUACCUUGUUAUUUUUAAGAGAUCUUCCCUUCCAUGAUCACUAGUUACGAUAUUGUGUUCUAAGUCUGAUAUUCUAUUUUCACUUCGGUUCAUGCAGUUUUGCAAAGUUUCAAUGGAAUUUUAAAUUUCCUGCAUAUUUAAUUUCCCAGUGUUGUUAUACAAGAGGAACAACUGAUUACAACAGGGGCAUAAACAUUUCAUAAAGUGCACAUCACAUAGUAGGUGUUCAAAAAUAUGUAUCAAAUGAACGGUCACCUCUAACAAGGAGGGAGAACUAUGGAAGGAGAAUCUGAGGAUCCUUUGUUGAUGGAUCUCGAUGAUGCUGUGCACAAUCCUGAAGAAAAGGAAUAUUCUUCUGUCUCUGUCUGUGUUGGCAGAGAAGCAGACAUUAAAAAGUCUAAAAGAAUGACAGCUGUCGUACAUGAUAGAGAAGUGGUCAUUUUCUACCACAAAGGAGAAUAUCAUGCCAUGGAUAUUCGCUGCUACCAUUCAGGAGGACCUUUACAUUUGGGAGAAAUAGAGGAUUUUGAUGGACGAUCAUGUAUAGUCUGCCCUUGGCAUAAAUUCAAAAUUACUUUGGCAACAGGAGAAGGGUUAUACCAGUCUAAAAACCCUAAAGAUCCAUCAGCGAAACCCGAGUGGUGCUCCAAAGGAAUAAAGCAAAGGAUUCAUAGAGUGACAGUGGAGAAUGGGAAUAUUUAUGUGACUCUUUCUAAGGAACCUUUUAAGUGUGACUCUGAUUUUUAUGCUACUGGAAUUUACAAAGUAAUUCGGAGUUCUUCUUGAUAAAUAUGGCAGUGAAAAAUGUUCAUAUUCUAAAAUAUUUUUGAAUAAUUUUGUUUCAAUACCAAAGAUGAAUCUUUUCAACAUAGGUACCAGUAUUGCUUAUUAAAACUCAUCCAGGUCUUUGAAGUUUAAUAGUACACCUACUGAGAAUGUGUAUCAUUUCAAGGACUACCAUGAGGGCUACAGAAUACAUUUCAUCCACAUUUCAUCCAGUCCUCUGGAUUGAUUUGAACCUGGAGGUUACAGGUUUGGGAUAUUCAAUUUAAGAUGGGUUCAAGGAAUGUAAUCAAAAUAAGUAACAGGUAAAAAGUAUGAUUUAGGAGGAGAAGUUUUUAAUAGAAAAAGUCCCUUUUUGAUGGAGCAGACCAUCGUAGGGUAUUUUGGUUUCGGGUUUUAUUUUUGACAAAAGAAUCUUGUUGUAUAGUUCAAGCCAACUGUGAAUUCACUUAAACUCAGGGUGAUCCUCUUGUCUCAGCCUCCCAUGUACUGCAAUUACAGGUGUGCCUCUCUGUAACAUUAUUCUAGGAGGUUUAAUAUGCACAAAAUAAAGAGAAUGAAACAAUCUCUGAAAUUAAACAAUUUACAUUCCUUCAUCCUUUUUCACUGAUAAUCUCCACAGAUUCUGCCUCAUUUGAUUAUUUUUACAUUUUUAAAGGUAAGAUUCAAGUUCAUGAAAAUAUUCCUCUGCAGUGCAAAGUUUUUCCAAAUACACAACAGACUUUUUACACUUAGAAAUGCCUCCCUCAAAAGUGAAUUUGUGUGCUGCACUUAAAAAUAGGAAACUCACCAAUGUGCCGGAGGACAGAAAAGCCCAGGUUCACUUUCUCCACGCAGGAGUCAUCUGUCGUACAGGAAGCCUCCCACAGCUGCUGCCUGGCCACCAGACAGGUCUGCUCGGUGAACCCAUGCACUUCACUUCUAUGAAAUCUUCCGAUAGAAGUUUUGUUUUGUUUUAAAGAGAGAACUUUGUGUGUGCAGCUGUUUCCUGUAAAUGUUAUAGGGAGAGGCAAUGGAGGAGUGUGUCCCCAGAGUUCACAGGCAGCUAACAUUCCUUGGUUCACUUGGUUUUACCGUGCUGUCCCUUGUGGCCUAGCUGUGAAGUGUUUAGCAUAACACCCUCAGUGUGAGCCACUCUGCACUGGGCAGGAUGUGGUAGAAUGCAGAGUAAAUGGGGCCAGAUAGGAUGAGGACUGUUUGUUUAGAGUGGAGCCUGGUCUCCAGGUCUCCAGGCAUAGUGAUCGUCAUGAUUUAGGCUUGAAUGAGAGGCCAGACCCAACACUUAACAUUCUGAGGGCCCCAUGGGCCUCUUUCCCCUGGUUAUUAUAAGAACAGUAAGUGACUAAGGCAUGCAGCAAACUCUGGAAAUGAAAGAAAGAAAAAGAAAAAGAAAGAGAGAGAGAGAGAGAGAAAGAAAAUAAGAAAAUUGCUGAGUGCCUGUGUGUGCCUGCCAGCCCAGCUACUUGCGAGUCGGAAGCAGAAGGAUCACUUGACCCGGGAGCUCAAAGCCAGCUUGGGAAACACAACAAGAUCCGUCUCUUAAAAGAACAAAGUCACAUCUUGUUUCCAUGUAUAUAAAUCUUAUCAGAUUUGUAAAUGUUUUGUUUUAUAAGUUUACUGCUUCCGUGAAUUGCAACUCCUCUGUAACUUUACAAGUAAGUAAUAAAAAGCUCAUAGGCAAACUCAAACUAAAAUAAAUGUCCAUCUCCGAUCUCUGAAAAAACAUGUAGUAUGUGGCGGGUGACCUUGUGGUGGCUGAAAUCAAAUGAUGCGUGUUCUGGGGAGGAGAGUGAGAAGGGUAGGGUUCUUUCCAUUCAGACUCACACUCCAAACAAGUCUUUAGGGUCUGGGGAUUUAGCUCAGCGGCAUAAGCGCCUGCCUUGCAAGCAGGCAGUCGUGAGUUCGAUCCCCGGUACCAAUUAAAAAGGAAAAAGACAAAAAAAAAAAAAAAAAAACAACAAGUCUUUAAUAAAAGCAUGAAUUACAGAUACGCUCAGGUUAUAAACCACAGUGUAAAGUCAAACCCACCAGAGUGAAUUUUCUAGCUCAUGAAAAAUACUGUAUAUAUGGAGAUUCCUCAAAAAGCUGGGAUUGGAAGUCCCAUUUGACCCAGCUAUUCCACUUCUAGACGAACUGAAAGCAUCAUACCACAGUGAUAUAUGUGCACACAUGUUUAUAGCAACACAAUUUGUAACAGUCAGAUCUUGGAAACAACCUAAGUAUCCAUCAAUUGAGGAAGGGAUUUAAAAAAUUGUGGUAUUUUUAUACAACGGAGUACUACUCAGCUAUAAAGAAUGAUCACAUUGAGAUAUUUAUAAGUGGGCGCAACUGAAGACCAUACUUAUAAGUGAAAUAAAUCAAACUCACAUGUAUAAAUACCGAAUAGUCUCCCUAGUGUAAGAAAUGAUAAAGAGUACAGAAGAGUUAGGGGCUGGGGAUUUAGCUCAGCGGCAUAAGCGCCUGUCUUGGAAGCAGGCAGUCGUGAGUUCGAUCCCUAGUACCGAUAAAAAGGAAAAAGACCAAAAAAAAAAAAAAAAAAAAAAAAAGUACAGAAGAGUUUAUGGUAAUCAUGAUUCCCCAUUACAUUGCUUUGAAGCCUUAUAAUGAUUGCAUUCAUUAGUUGGAAUGAAUGUAUCCUGGUUUGUAUGAUUUUAUUAACUAUGAUGAUAUGAACAGCUAUUUUGAAGAAAACAAGUUAUUAUAAUAGCCAGUGCUGAUUUAAUAUCAUCUUACUCUGAAGUCCUACUAUGCUUUUGCUCUUCCAUUUCCAUUGGUUCUAUCAUAUUGUAUCUUAUUAUGUGAGAUAGUAUAAACAAAUUUUCUAUGGAAAAUGAAAUAAUAUAGUAAUAUUGUUUGUUUUCAGUUAUUUGGUUCUGAAUGCCCUGUAAUACUUUCAUUCUCUUUAAUGGUUUUAUACUAUUUUGUUAUGUUUGAUACUAUUGUAUAUGAAGUUAUGCUCAAGUAUUUCAAAGAACAAGACAAUAUGGUAGUUACUGUUAAUUACAGGUUGUCUUCUGGUGAAACACUAUGUUGCUUACAUGGUUCUGUUCUGAUCUGCUUUGUUAUGUCCUAAUCUCUUUAAAAUAUGUUAUGUCUUAAUCUCUUUAAAAUAAAAAAAUAAAUAAAUUAAAAAA